AUGUCCCUCAUGCAAUCAAAAGACGUCGGAGCCCGCUGGGCGGGAAUAUGCAUUGCACGAAAAACCGGCCACUUUCGCAAAGAUUUGUUGACAGAGUAUGCUCAGCGUUGGAUUAAUUUGACCCUGCCCCUUCUAUCGAAAACAGAACCGCAUGCAAUCUGGAAAGCCUCGAUAGACCUACUGGUGUUCAUCUUUGUGAACACAACACACCUUGCAGAGUUUAGAAGACAGGUCUCUACCCCUACGGUCCCAAAGCUUACAACCGCCCUGCUCGAGCUCCUUAGCAAAGCGGAUGACAGUUUAAAGGUUAUGAUAAUGAAUGCUAUAUCCAGCCUUAUUCAAUGGUUCCCGACCUUGCACCGGGCAUUAGGGUCGACCAUUCUCGCCGCUGUCACUCCGCACUUGGCUGGCAAUAUGGAUGCCCUUCUCUACGGGAAAGUAGGUGCGCCGAUAGCUUGGCGAACAACACUGGAUGCCACCCUCGCAGAGGCGUGGCACUGUCUAGAGCAUAUAACUGGAAAAGCUGUUCAGCGUGCCCCCGUAAAGAAGCCAUUCACCCUUCCCUCAUUGCCUGAAGAUCCCUUGGUGGCUGUAUGCAUCGCAUACAAACGGCUAUCUAAUAUGGUCAAAGUGAUGGAGGCCAUGCUCAGCGCAAAUCCUGCGAGAGCUGUUCUUGUACCGGUUGCAGAGCUGGCUCGAUUGUGCAUACAUCUCCUCCACUCCAUUGGUCCUAACACAUCCCAAACCCGUGACCUAAUCCUCAUGCAAUUGGAGAGACAAAUUUCCCCGGAGCUUGUCUUGCUGGGCGCAAAGCUCGCGGCCACCCUUGCUUCCAGUUUGCGUCACAAUCUGAUUCCCCAUGCGACCUCGAUUCUCACUAGCUUUGCCUUUCAUCUCGAACAAGAUCCAUCACCCGCGACAUUGAAUAUGCUUUUGUCAAACUUGGUAGUCGUCCUGGACCAUACCGCCACACAUUCGACGCUGCUCCCGGCACGACUGUUCCGAGCUAUCGUCCCUCGACUGUCGCCGCUACUUCCCAAGAAGCAGGCAAUAGAAUCGAUCAACUCAUCACUGACCAAGGGCUCUGUGAACGGCGAGCCUGGCAGCAGCCGCAAGAACAAGAAAGGGCGACAGUACGAAGGCGAAGAGCUGCUUGGGCCACUCGACAAUUCCAACGAAUUGGAGGACCCGGAGCGAGCGACAACGGUGCUGCUUUGUGUCGACGUGCUCGAACGGGUCUUCAGAGAGCCAUAUCUUUCUGCUUCCUUGCAUUCGCUGGGAAGUCGGUUAAUAAUUGCCCUGCAGUUACACCUCACAACGCAUCCGCUCGCCAACCCGCCUAUUGGCGGCUCACUAGCCUUUUCCACCCAGCUGCAAGCCAAGCUCGUCCAAAUUCAGGGCCAUUUGUUGCUUGGAGUAGCCGGUCAUGCUCCAAGAGGGACGAAUCACUUCGUAUCUACCCUUUCGAUAUGUGAUCCUGAGAGCCUCGUCGCCAAAACAUCAAAGCUCAGCUUGGAUGCACUCGACUCAAUCCUCCAUCCACGCAUGCCGCCUGCCGUAAGACCAUUGCCCAAAGCAGAGAGCCUCAUGCUGUUCCGCCUGGAGGAGGGCAAGGAAGAGAGGGAGGAAAGAGAGAGACUCUCGCUCGAUCACGGCUUUGGAAUGGACGUCGAAAUUCCUACAGAACCUAUCCUCACCGCACCAGCAACUGUGGUUACGGCUGUGGAUAUAGAGGGUCCACAGCAACAACAAAUGGAAGUAGUAGUGGAGUCGAAUGUGGGCGGGGAAAGGGCGAUACCCCGGGUCGAGAAAACAGGACCAUCUAUGGAUCAGCUCGCCAUGCCGACUACGGGAACUUCAAAUCUACCUCAAGUCACGGAGCCACAGUCUCAAGCCAGCUUUGGAUUCAUCACAAAGCCACCAGAGCUUGAGUCCGUGGUUCCCGCUCUACCGGCAUUCCACCAGCAAAGUGGGCUGCAAAUGGCGUCCUCGGCUCUAGUCCCUGCUAGAGAGAAUAGACCCUCGCACGCUGGUGAUAUAUCGGACGAAGACCUUCCUUCUAUCAACAUGGAAUCUGAUUCCGACUCGGAAUGA